GGGCUAAACUCUGCCCCCGGCAUCCUAGUGUCACGUGUGCUCCAGCUGCAGUCAGCGGGAGCCCUGCGUAGGGGUAGGAGGGGGGCAGAGUUGAGCUCACUGUGAGUUUGAUCUUGUUAGGGUGCUGAGCACCCUCGCCUUGUGAAUCACAACAUUUUGGGGACUCCUUUUGACAGCUGCGAAGGAAAGGGAAUGAUAGAAGCGCUAUCACCUUCAGAUGUACCUAUUUACAGGACUGCCCAUGUCGCUGGUCUGGUAUUGUAGAUAGUAAAUGUUUUGGAUUCCCUGCAGACUCUUUUCAUGCUAUCUGCAGUUUUAAAAAUGUGGUUCUUACAUUGCAGAGCAUUUUUAAAGGGUAAAUAACUACAAGUUUUCUGGGGGUCAUGUCUUUAGAUCUCCUUCCUUCCUCCCCUUCUCCUCGUCCCCCCUCCUUCAGGAGGGGUGUGUGUAUAUUAAAAGCCUUACUUGUUUCUUGCAUACUCUCCACUAUUUGCAUGUGAGAACAUGUGUGUUUAUUUCUUAUUCCUCUCAGUGUGAACAGGAUAAGAGAAUGGACUAUGAGGUGGGAAGCUAUGCAUCCUCACCAGUAUGUGAUGUGUUGGACUUCACCUGUUAUGAGGACUUAAUGGGUAAAACCUCACCCCUGGAGUUGCCAGUGAUACCUAAUGCUGAUGAACAGCAGCAGGAGGAGGGGAUAUAUCAACCUUUGAAAGUCUACUUGAGAGUCAGACCCUUCUCUAAAGCAGAGCUUGAAAGCAAUGAAUCUCAGGACUGUGUAAUUAUUGAAAAUCCAGAAACAGUAACUCUACAGGCACCCAAAGAAUCCUUUACAAUGAAAAACAGUGAAAAGGGGAUUGGACAGUCUGUACACCAGUUCACCUUCACUAAGGUCUUUGGUCCAGAAACUACUCAAAGUGACUUUUUUGAAGGCACAAUGAAAGAGAUAGUAAAAGCUUACAUUGAUGGAGCAAAUGGACUGGUGUUUACCUAUGGGGUUACUAAUGCAGGCAAAACAUUCACUAUUCAAGGUUCUCCAAAAGAUGGUGGUAUUUUGCCUCGUUCUCUUGAUAUGAUCUUUCACCACAUAAGAGGAAGACAAUAUCUGAAGAUGAACUUGAAACCAUACUUAAGCAAUGAUGUAAAGAAGCUAGAUGUGACACAGGUUAAACAAGAGGAAAUUAUAAAAGCUGCUGUUCUUGCUUCUCUGAAAGAGGACAUGGAAGAUACUUCGAAAUCUACAAUUCAGAGUGAUUCAUUAUGUAUCUUGGAAUCUGUGUCUUCUAGCAGCUGUACUUCAACAAGUCUGCCUUCUGACCCGCUAGUGGAGGACUCUGUUUUACUUGACGCCGAUGGGACUAAGCAUCAGAGAACGCAGUCUUCAGUGUGGGUUUCCUUCUGUGAAAUUUAUAAUGAGUAUGUGUAUGAUCUUAUGGAUGUAUUGGCUAUAUCAAAAAAUCAAAAACGCAAAGUUCUAAAAAUCUGUGAGGAUCAAGGAGGAAACUCUUAUAUAAAAGACUUAAAGUGGAUCAACGUUCAGAGCACUGAGGAGGCUUGCAAAAUACUAAAAAUAGGAAACAAGAACCGAAGCUUGGCUUGCACUAGAAUGAACCAGCACUCAAGUAGAAGUCACAGCAUAUUUUCUAUCAGACUACUGAGGCUAAGUGAUGAGGCUGAGCCUUGUAUUCUUGGAGUUUCAGAAAUGUCUCUCUGUGACUUGGCUGGGUCUGAACGGUGCAAUAAGACACAAACUUUUGGAGACAGACUAAAAGAAGCAGGGAAUAUUAAUAAUUCUCUUUUUAUUCUUGGGAAAUGCAUUGCAGCACUGAAGCAGAAGCAGAAUCCUAAUGUGAAACACAGCUAUAUUCCAUUCAGAGAGAGUAAACUCACCCGCCUGUUUCAACCGUUCUUCUGUGGUAAAGGCAAAGCUUGUAUGAUUGUCAACGUUAAUCAGUGUGCCUCCACCCACAGUGAGACGUUGCACGUAAUGAAAUUUUCUGCUACAGCCAAACAGGUUAUUCAGACAAUCCACCCCCAAACCUUUGGAUAUUUUGCUCCAAAACUGGUUGGGAAGAAUGGCAAGCCUAUAGUACAUUUUGAUGCCAACAUAUCUGCUGAAGAGGUUCCUGAUGAAGAUAUAGAUACCUCCUCUGAAGAGGAAGUGGACAUCACCAUCAUGACCCAUGAGGAGCUCUUGAAAACUACUGAGAACCUGAAGAAGAUGCUAGUUGCAGAAAGGCAGAGUAAACUUCUUCUUGAGGUGCAGAUACGUAAAGAGAUGGCAGAAGCCAUGUUUCAACAACUGUUGGAAACCGAGGAAACUUGGAGUAAACGCUUGGAAGAUAUGAGAGAAAGUUAUGAGGAAAAAUUGGAGAAUAAAUUUGAAAUGUAUAAGGAAGCUAUAAAGAAACAUGCAUAUAUGUGUGCAAUGAAACAAAUUGAAGACCACUAUGUUCCAAUAGAAGAGUUCGUAGUUGAACAAGAGAAAGUUGAGGACAGAGAUAGGAAGAUAUUAGAGUUGCAACAAAAAUUUGGAGAGCGGUCAGAUGGAUUGUUGGCUUUGGGAAUCCCAAAUUCAGAUGUGUUGACUGCAGAAGAUAAAGUGAAAUCAGAUCUUAAAUAUAAGGAGAUGCAGAGAACUUCAGAAGUAUUGCAGAGACAGUGCGAUGAGAAAGAUGAGCUUAUAAAAUCUCUGAAGCUUAAAAUACACAAAUUAAAUGAAACCUUACAAGAAAUGAAUGAAGUCUGCAGAAAAACAACUGAGGAAAACAGUAGACUGACACACAUGGUAAUGCUCAAGGAACAAGAAAUGAGAAGUCUUCAGAACUGGGCUAAACGUGUCCUUGAGCUUGAAGCGACAGUGUCUCUUCUGCAAGAAGAACUAGAUGAGAGCAAAAAGCACUUGUAUUCAGAAGAUCUUAAGGAGCAAAAACCCAAGAGAGGCUUGUUUGCUAAUCUAAAAUCUACAGUAACAGGCACUUCUAAAACACCUGUUGGCAAAACCUUGGGGAAAUCUGAAGAUUCUCCAACCAUGUCAAGAAAACAAGCUACUUUUACACGUAAAGUAAAAGAAUAACUCUAAUCCUUGAUGCAUUAACAUGUCUGUAUUGACAAGGCCUAUCCGCUGUAAUUUUGAACUGAUGUUAGCAACAGUUGGAAUUUGGGUGGAGAAAAAAGGGUAGUAUAGACACCGCCUUACCAUCAAUGUAACUGGGAAGAUAAGCUAUUAAUAGGAAUGACAACUUUCCUUCUGUCAAGUGUCUUCUGUAGUAACUAAAGACAUGUAAAUGUAAACAUAAAUUGGGAUUCUUGUGCAACGGUUGGUGUGAGAUGUGAUCACCUGCUGUGGCAACACAGCAGGUAUGGAUUUCCAUAUAACAGGAGAAAGGGUGCCUUGUGUCAAGGUUAGUGGUACAUUCCUGUCUUUUACUUUCCUUGUUUCUUUUUACACUUGCUUCCAACAUUCAAAAUGGCAUUUGCGCUCGACCAAACCGCUUGUUCACUUUAGCUGUUUCAUUAGCUAGUAGAUAUUGUUUGUAGAGGAGCUGGCUUCCUCACAGUUAAUCUUCUGCUUGAUUUGAAUUGAACUAGUAAUCUUAUACUUGAUGUCAGUUUACUGUGGAAUUAAAAUGAGAGAUUUAGUACUAAUAUUUCAUUUAAUGAUCUAGUCAGAUGAUGGAGUGGCAAGGAGCCACUGUUCAUUUUAAAUGCUUCUGUCAAUCAUAAUUGUCUUGGUUUGGAAAGGAAUGUCCAUUUGAAAAUCCUUCACUGAAUUGUGUAUGCAGUAGUCUUCUUAAAAUUUACUUAUAAUAAAGCUUGGGUUUUUUUCAAGUCUAUUAAAUAUUAGAUCAUUUAAGAUUUGGUGUUACAGUGAUUAGGUCAUGAGAUACCACUUGAUAAUUUGAGCUGCAAGUCCCUGUGUGUCUUAACUUUUGUUUCUAUUAAAAUAUGAUGCACUUGAAAUCAAAGUUUAGGAUCAAGAGGGCCAGUACCUCAUCUUCUUAAAAGAAAACUUUGUCUAGAAAUGUAGUGGGGCUAGGACUGCCUAGUGAUUAUAACCAGAAAGAGUUGAGUUAUUUUAGCCAGAUGAUAGGAUAACUACUUCAGAAAUAAGCGACAGAGUCCUGUGGCACCUUAUAGACUAACAGACGUAUUGGAGCAUAAGCUUUCGUGGGUGGAUACCCACUUCAUCAGACGCAUUUACUUCAGAAAUGUGCCAGUCACAAGGUUGUAGGCGUUGAGCAAUUGCCUUUGCAUGGUUUAAUGGUGGCUGAUUUUGUUGUGCUCUGUUGUCAGCAUUACACAACUACGUAUAGGAACCCAUGAGAAAUGUAAGAGGGUUUUUGGCAAGUUCUCAGCUUUCAAGCAGUGCCACACAGAAAACUAGAAAUGAUCAAAGUGAUAUUUUGGUGUCUGGGGAUGGUGGUGGAUGUAAAUAGUGUUGAUUUGGGAUUUAGCCUUACCCCCUAACUAGGAAUGUAUUAUCUGAGUUGCUAAAUUAUGCAGCAGGUGGAUUAUGUAGGAAUUAAGCAAUACAUUACAAUUAAGUCAUGAAACAGGGUUUCAAGCAAGGGAAGCUGAAUAGUUGGAGAGUUAGGUGAAUUCUUGUGGUCAGAGAAACCUAGGCUUGCAAAACAUAGCGGCCUAUAUUUGGAGUACAAAGAUUAGAGGUUUUGAAGUUUAUACACCUCAAAAAAACAAACCAAAAAAACCACCUCCUGACUGAGGCCAUAUUUACAGGGACUACAGUGGCAUAAUCCUGUACUAUAGAGGCAGCCUACAGUGACAGGGUUUUUUUUAUUUUUCAUUGCUGUAAGAACUCUAUGUGCCUUUGUGGCAGUAGCUAGGUGGAGAGGCAUUCUUUUGUCAACGUGGCUGCAUCUACACUGGGGCUAGGUUGGCAUAGCUAGGGUGGUCAGGGGUGUGGAUUUUUCACACCCCUGAACGCUGUGAUUGUCGACCUACGUUUUAAAGUGUAGACCAGGCCUGAGUUAGAGGUUGUCACUAACAUUGUGAACCACUAGAUGGAGCAGCAUUACUAUUGCAACACUAUCAUGUUCCUGUAAUUCAAAGCCCUGGUCUUGAAAUUUCCUCUUUCCUUUGUCAGUAUCAAAUACUCCUAACUGGUUAAGUGAGUCUUUCUUUGUCUGUUAAAACUCUCACACCAAUGUGUGCUCAGGGACUUCAUAUAAAUAUGUAAAUACCACUAGGAAUUGGGAUUUUCUGAUCUCAGAAGCACCAGGUACUCGCCCAAAAAGCAAUAUCCAACGGGGUUAUUUGUCCUAUCAAAACAGGUGUCCACUGGUUUAUAAAUGGACUCAUCACAACCAUGGCAAAUUCCAAAGAAACAGCCUUCUUGCAGAUUGAACGCCAUCUGGAUCAAUCUCUAGCUCAGUCAUUAAACAGACUACCUAUCCAGAUCACCUUAUGUCCAUCAUGGGCACUCAGGACAAGAUCAGAAAUGAGGAUAAUAAAUGGAAGUUCUCAUUUUAAAUAUUUUGGUUUAUUACAGUAAUCUGGUAACAUAAAUAGGAAUCUUGAUAAACCCCCGUCAAUAGAUUUCAGGCUAGACAAAGCUCAGUCUGUAUCAUUUCUCCCCUCCUCCCCCCCCCAAACAUUACAUAAAAUGGCUUAAGUUAAACCAAACAUGCUUCCAUCUUUCACCUAUGUUUUGAACAAGUAACAGAGUACAGUUCAGCACACCUGCAUUUCUCAGUGCUGCACUAGCUCUGCAAGCACAUAAUAAUGUGAUCCAAUGUAUGGCUCCUAGACUUUUUCUGCAAGUAAGAUGACUUCACAUUUCCAAAUGCUAACUUAAAUUUUGCACAUGUUCUGGCUUUCCUAAAUGUCUCAGUAAAUGGUGGUGCCUGCUGGCACUGCAGAAGAGUGAGGUUUUAGCAGCUAUUUUGAAGAUAUUUUGGAAUUUACUACUGUGGUGGGUAGUUCAGAAUUGUAGGAUAAGAACCACUUAGAUGAAUAUUUCUGCUAAAAUAUUCAGCGGUGAAAUGGCUGUCUUGAGAUUUCUGAACUGCUCCUCUGAGAUGAAUGGGUAUAAAAGAGGCAAGAUUCAUUUAAGCGAUGUUAACUAAAAGAACUAUUUGUUUUGUAUAGCAUCUGAACACUGACAGGGUCUGAUCCUG